GACAAUUGAUGCAUCCUCAUCCCAUCAAAUGCACGUGUUGUGUAUCACACUUCCCAUCUAUUUGCAUGCAUAGGCCGAUGAUCAAUGUGCACGGAUUGUUCAUUGAGAGGUUGUGCAGGAUGUCACUGCCUUGGGGUUUUCUUACCCAUGUCCUCUCAGCGCUGUUUGAACCUAGAGAUGACAAUAUUAUAUCCACGAGUCAUUCCCAACUGGGUUAUCUCUGGCUGUGCAAGCCGAUACCCUGUCAGCACCGCAUUCCAUGAUGCAGAUCCAAGAUUCUGCAUGUCACUGUUAUGUAAAGUGUUCUGCCCGUCGAGGAAUGGUCCUCAUCUUUCAAUAUCAUUUUGAUGCACUGGAUUGGAUGGUGGUAUAUAUGCUAUCGCCAUAUGCCCGCCAAGUUCUUUUCUCACGAACAUCCAUUCUCUACCAACAUGACCAUAAUUUUAAAUGAUCCUACUCUGUGGCUGGCUAUCAAUGCAAAUCAUUUUGACAGCUAUUUUGUCGUUGCUGCAUUCGUUGGAUUGAUGUACGAUUGGGCACUUACAUUCGGACAAGAGGUCGAAUUGGUCUGGAGGCAACGCUGGUCCCUAAUGACAUUCGUGUAUCUCAGUGUGCGCUACCUUGGAAUCUUCUCUGCUGCCCUGAACGUGCUUAAUAAUGUUCCGACCAUCUCGCAGACAGAUACAGUGAGCUGGAUCUUAGAUCUCGUAUGGGAUUGGACGUGUUUUGUGGUAUAUACAAUGCUGUGGGUCAUAAUCAUCACUCGGUUGCAUGCCAUGUAUCAACGAUCAAGAAAGAUCCUGACAUUUCUUAUUGUCGCUUUCCUCACUGUCGACAUUUUCGACGGCAUAGUCACCAUAAUGGCAACGACGCAUAUUUCAGGGGAGGAACUCAUUCUCUCCGGCACCUAUCAGUGCUCAAUUGUCUACAUGGGAGAUAUUCUAGUCCUGGAUUCUGUUGCUUGGAUACUCACCACUGUGUGGGAGGUCCUCACGCUGUGUCUCGCAGUCUGGAUUGCAGUAAAACACUUCCGUGAACUGCGACAACAUUCUGCAGGAGGGAUUAUUGGGGAUUGUUUCAUGGUGUUGAUGAAAACUCACAUGCUUUACUUUGCGAGCUUUCUUGCUGUUUCUUGCUUCGAGAUCUUUAUUGAUUUCUCUACAACACUCUCAACAGAUCCAAUUUCCCUAGAAUCUCGUGCUUUUCAUGACUUGCUUCGGAUUUUGGAUGUUGUGCAGAUGUUUGUGCUAGGACCACGUCUGAUCCUUGGCAUUCGAGAAUAUAACGCUAAACUCAUGGCGGAUUCCGACGCAGCAACUGCUAUGACCUCAAUCGCUUUCCAAGAGCGUGUGCAUAUAUCCACUGGCAGUGAUGUGUAAUGCUCAGCGAAGGUGACGCGGUCGGUUGUCUAGUGCUCUACAGGGAGCACGAGAAAUGGACUUCCCCCUCAUUCCAAGUUUCAUUGUGGUGGUCAAGUAAUUAUUUGAUGUCACAAAGUAGAUCUCGAGACAAAAUAUUUUUAUUGUAUGUGUUCGAAUCAUUUGCUGUAAGUCCUGACAUUGAGAAUAUUUUACGUAGUAUCCUGUAUAUCCCUGACCUAAU